UGAACGUGGGAGAAACAUAGUGGGAGAGUGAAAACAGUUGGUGUAAGAUGAAAACUGUGGAAGUAGUUUAUUUGGCAUUAUCACGUUAAAACAUACGACUAGCUUAAGUAUAUGAAUAAUAGUCGACUCUGUAUAUAUCUGUAAGUUCCUUUCGAUAGUUUGUGGAAAUACUGGGAGAUGCUGUCCACUCUGUGCUCUUUUCAGACUCAGUUAGAGUCCAUCAUGGAGACACUGGUGCAGACAGCUGUGUCAGAGAUAGGCAAGCUCGUGGAUGUGGAGUGUGAAGUGUUGUUUUCGGAGGUGACCCGCAGCCGCUGUGAGAUCAGUGCACUGAGGAAGAGACUGAGGCUGAUGGAGGGACAAACACCCUCAGACAGCUACACAUCUGACACGAGUGAAUGUGGCCAAGAAGAGAUUCACUGUCAUUUGAACAGGUGUAGAGGCCUAAGAAAAGACGUCCCAACAGUACUUCAUCAAGGCCAAGACAGUCCACAGCAGAAGUGUGAGGUAGACCAGCCGGUCAGUAUGAUAAAGCAGGAGCAACAGGAAGUAGAUGUUUGCAUUGGACAAGAAAACAGUGAAGCAGGAACCCAGUGUGCUGAAGCUGUGAGCCUGUCACCCAUCAAGUAUGCUCUCAAAACCGUUCCUCGUGUUGGUCGAGGAAGUAGGGAAAACGCGACCGCAAGAGUCCCAUCUAAAGCAGAAACAGAAGCAGGAACAAUCACAGUGAAGCAGACUGUGGCGAAUCCUGAACCAAACAUGUCUUUCCGUCCGAGUGCAUCAGACUCCACAAGAACACACAGUGCCAGCACUAUUUCAGGAGACAAGCGUUUUGUGUGCUCCUAUUGUUCGAAGAGGUUCAGGUGUUUCAGUCAACUUACCAUACAUCAGCGGAGUCACACAGGUGAGAAGCCAUACAGGUGUACGCUCUGCGGAAAGAGCUACAUCCAGAAAGGACACCUGUACACCCAUCAGCGCACCCAUACCGGAGAGAAGCCGUAUCGGUGUUCACUCUGUGGAAAAGGCUUUAUUCAGAAAUGCACGCUAGACAUGCAUCUGCGGAGUCACACUGGAGAAAAACCCUACACUUGUGCAAAAUGUGGGAAAGGGUUCACAACCAAAUUUAAUCUUAACAAACACUUGUCGUGUCAGACUUGCAACAGCAUUAAUUAAUGACAAUGAACUCGAGUCAGUGUGCUGAUAUUCGUUUCAAAUUGUGUUGAUUUGCACUCUUAUGAACACAGAGAUCGUUUUAAAACGCUUUGAUUCAUGUGGCAUCAGAUCAGAAUUAAAACCAAGUCUGAAAACAGUUAAACUUGUUCUAGUAAAUGUAUUUAUUUAUUGCAUUAAACACAUUAAGAUAAGAUAAUUCUUCCAUCAUUCAAAAAGGCACAUUUGAUCACAUUAAUAAAAUAUACUCUAGUUCUUUUCCUACUCGUAGAAAUAUUUUUUUUUUCACUGAUGUUAUUCUGAAUUGUUGAAAUUUUUUUUAAUCGUAUUUUCUAUACAGUGUUGUACGGUAAUUCGUCCCAUGAUUCCUUUCAGCCAAACGCUAUUUAUGGUUUCAACAGAAAGAUUGUACUGAAUACAGGGCAGUGACUGCCAAAACCCCCCAGCUAUAUUAAGAGUACAGUGGAGCCUACAUUUUCUCCAGACAUUGUAAAGCUUCCCGCGAGCGACGGACAUCAUGAAUACUGCUGAUUUUCAGACGCAGCUAACAUCCAUAAUGGAAAUUAUGGCGAGAACCGCUGUUGUGGAAAUAAGCAAACUUUUCGAGAAGAAUUCUUUGUUGCUGCGUUUACAGAUUUCACGCUGUACAAACGAAAAUGAAUCUCUGAAACAGAAAUGUCAUUUUCUGGAGAAUGAAGUUAAGUCUGCACGGAAAAGCGCUGGAAAGGUGAACGGGACACGAGCUCCGAUCAGUCAUCCGGGACUUACAGACACCGAGCGCCAGCCCACAAUUGACAAUGUCUUUGGUAAGGAAUGGUGCAUGAACCUCUGGAGACACGAGGAGUCACAUGUUGGUCAGAAGGACGACACACACCUAGAUUCUUCCGUCAACACAGAAGAGCCAAUAAAUUUGCUGGAUGAAGAAACUGAUGUGAUUAUGAUUAAUGAGGAGACGCUGAAGGAUGACAGUUGCACUGGGAAAAAUAAAACAGAGGAAGACAAAAGUAGCAGUUUGAGAGGAUCUGCAGUGACCAGUGAUGAGAGAUGUGUUGCCCAGAGCUCUGAUGAUUUUAUCACAUACACGGUACCUUCAGAUGACCAAGUCCAGUUGAACGUGCACCAGACACCAGCUGAAGAACAAGCUCUUGAUGGAGCUACACAUGCAGACAUCACAACAGAGCCAGAUCUGAGUCCUGAUGUGGGAUUUAUUCCUAAUAACCUGAAUUUCAAUGAGACAGUUACACUGUAUAAGAAAUUCAAGUGUGUGUUCUGUGGCAAAACAUUCGAGUAUUUAAGCCAUUUGACAAGACACAUGCGAAAACACUCCGGAGAAAAACCUUACAUCUGUAUAGUAUGUGGUAAACGGUUUGCUCAGAAAACAUAUCUGACAACUCACCAGCGCACUCAUUCUGGAGAGAGGCCGUACUCGUGCGUGGAGUGUGGAAAGAGCUUUUCUCAGAAAUCUUCUCUUAAUGUACACCUCCGAAGCCACACUGGCGAAAAGCCAUAUAGCUGCUCACACUGUGGUAAAAGCUACGCCUUCAAAAUUGCGCUUCGAACACACCGAUGUUAAAACAGAAAUAAAUGGCUUCUGGUUAUUGUCUCCUUAGUUUUAGUGCAAAACUUUUGUCUAGGUCACUGGUGGUGGACGAGGAGACACUCCCCUUUCAUGUAAAGUGCUUAGAAAAGCGCUAUAUAAAUGUAAGGAAUUAUUAUUAUUAUUAUUAUGAAAUAUCCUUAUCUGUUGUUAUAAAAUAAAUGUAAAAGAUAAAAUUGGGGGGGGGGGGGGGGUCAAAGUAGUCAAAAAUGCUGGUAGUUUGUUUAAAUGUGUUAAAAUAUAAUGACUAAAUGUAAUUUCCAUUGAUUACAGGCAUUUCUUUACUUUUACCCUCUGCCCUCCUUGAAACCUUUUACAUUGCACCAUUGUUUUAUCUACUUUACAGUUUGUGUAUAAAAUAUUAGUUUUUUUAUAUCAAUGUGUAAAAUAAGUGCUACCUUUUUGACUUGAACAGAUCAUUAAAUGUUUAAGCAUAUUUAUAUUAAUCAUCAUAUCAAACUAGAUAUAUCCUUGAUUUGAAGACUUUCACAAUAAAAUUCACAUCAAAACUU